GACUUGGCAGUGCUGGACGGGCAAGAUGCUGGCGACUCCCACGCUCUCACCAGCCAUGUCACCGCAUGGUGGGCCUUCUGGCUACUUGUGCAAGCGCCUCCAGGAGGAGCCCAUGAAGCCCUCGAUGCCUUGCAACGGCGAGACCGAGCACUCGCAUGUGGUGGUGGAUUUGGAGGAGCCGGGCACAAAGCUGCUCUUUCCCACGCCCGGGCCGCUGACUGGCGUCAAGACGAGGGGCAAGGCCAUCCUGAAGCUGCACCAGGUGUGCUUCCGGUACCCUGGCGCCGGCUCGGCGCUUCGGGAUGCGGAGCUCAGUGUGUCACAGGCCAGCCGCGUGGCUGUGGUGGGCCCCACAGGCUCCGGUCGCUCCACGCUGCUGCAGGUUCUGGAAGGCCGUCUGCGGCCAACGCACGGCAGCGUGCUGCGGGUGCUUGGCUCCCGCGUUUCCUACGUGUGCAAGCAUUCGCUUCAGAGGUUCGGCCAUCACAAGGAGGCCACAGCCUUGCAAUACUUCUUAUGGCGAUUUGCGGACCACAGGGACAAAGAGUCCGUAGCUUUCGCCGAUGAGCUGUCGCCUGAAGAGCAAGCUCGCAGGACUGUGGCGUGGUACCUGGAUGAAUCAGGGAUGCCACUUCGUGGUGCCGGCAAGGAGAGCGCCGUGCCGGAAAAGAUCUGCAACCGGCGCUGCAACGGUGGCAUGAUGGAGUACGAAGUGAAGUGGCAGCGCAAGCCCGAGACAGUGUGGCUGUCCAAAGAUGUUCUGAUGGACAUGGGCUACGCGAAGCUUGUCCAGUUGGAGGAUGAUUGGCAAGCAUCCAGCGCACUGGCCACCAAGGAGCUGACGAAGGACAACGUGCUGAAGCACUUGAGAUGCUUCAUGGUAGAUGCCGCCGCGUGCCAGAUGCCCAUGGGCAAGCUGAAUCGCACAUUGAAGAUCAGGAUUGUGCUUGCCGCGGCAUUGUGGCAGCAUCCCCACAUCCUGAUUCUGGAUGAGCUGGCAGACUACUUGGACUUCGAGGAUUUGGAAGCUUUGAAGUUUGGCAUUGAUCGAUAUGCUGGCGGAGUCAUCCUCGUGACCAACAAUGACCAGCUUUGCGCCAUGGCCACUGAGAAGUGGUUCAUGGACGAUGGCGUGCUGCACGUAGAAGUGCUGAAGGAGGAUGCUCGAGCCCAUGCAAAGACGUCUGACGUGCGCGAGAAAGCUCGGCAGCACAUCCUCCAGAUUGAGAAGAAGAUCGCUCAGCACAGGACAAAGCCUUUGUCAGACAAGGAGCUGUGGCUCUUGGAGGACGAGCUGCACGGGCUGAAGGAGGAGCUGCUGCUCAAUGAUGUGGAGCUGCAGGACCCUGACUUGGAGGAUGCCUAUGCCAUCUCCGGACUCGGCGAGGUCAUCGACGAGCAGCUGGCUGAGUUGCUGAUGGAAGAGUUUGGCGCGGACCUGAAGAACUUCCGGAGGGCUCAGCUGGACUGGAACUUGAAGCUGAGUUUGCUGGUGGAGCAGCACCCCGGCCAGGAGCCAACGUUGGACCUGCUGGGGUUUGUAGCCUUCAAGACAUGGGGGCUGCCGCAGCCAGGUGUCAGCAUAGGCGCGGUGGGCGUGGCGGACAAGCACCGCGGAAAGGGCUAUGGUCGGCAGCUGAUGAAGGUGGCAGAGGAUCGUGCAGCCGUGCUGGGUGUAGACACUCCAGAGGGCUUCCGGCCGGGGGAGGUGCGGCUGCGGUCCUUGGCCUCGGCGGUGCGCUUCUACGAGCGCCUGGGCUACCAGCGCCGGGAGGAGGAGACUGCAAUGAAGACUCCUGCAUGUCCUGACCCUGAGCGAGCUGCGGACGCAGAUGAGGACGGCCCCUGCGUGCCGAUGGCGCGGAAGUGCGCGCCGCCGAGCCCUCGCGGGGCCCUGAAGAUGGGCCCCUUGCUGUCCCCAGAGCAGCCCGCCUGGUGCCCGGCGAUUUCGCGGGCGCUGGAGGACGGCCCCACCUGGCCCACGCGGGAGCAGCUGCUACCAGAGAGCGCCGCAGCUUAAGUGGCAGGGAACGGACCCUGAGUGAUGUGCCGAUCGGAAGCCUAGGCUUCCCCCAGAAGUCCGUUUGAUUGGGACCUGCUCGAGCUGUGGGCUUCCUCGAGUACGGCGAUCUGCCGCGAUCUUCCUGUACAGUUGGAAGGGGCAAAUGUUUUGAAGUCUGGAGUGCCUGUUGCUUCUGUUCCAGAAGAAAACCGUUUCAAGCGGAGGCAGACGUGGACCCAAUGGCACGUCAGCGUGGCAGGAUGAGCUCAAA